AUGAGUGACCCCUGGCAGGAGUGUCUGGACUUCUGCGUGGAAGUGACCAAACAAGCUGGACAGGUGAUCCGUGAUGCGUUACAAAAAGACAUCACCAUCAUGGAAAAGAGCUCGCCCGUCGACCUGGUGACGGAGACGGACCAGAGAGUGGAGCAGCUCAUUAUUUCAUCCAUCCGUGAGCAGUACCCGUCUCACAGUUUCAUUGGGGAGGAGUCAGUCUCCGCGGGAGCCCCCAGCGUCCUCACCGACGAUCCCACUUGGAUCAUCGACCCCAUAGACGGCACCACAAACUUCGUGCACCGGUUUCCCUUUGUGGCCGUUUCCAUUGGUUUCACCGUUAAGAAAGUGAUUGAGUUUGGAAUCGUCUACAGCUGCGUGGAAGAUAAAAUGUACACAGCCAGGAAAGGAAAAGGGGCCUUCUGCAACGGGCUGCCCAUCAAAGUGUCCGGACAACAAGAUAUUAAGAAGUCUUUGGUGCUGACUGAGACGAACUUCAAGGCAGACGCAGAACAGUUCAACACGAUGUUAGCGAACGUCAGGAGCGUCCUCACGAUCCCAGUGCACGGGGUGCGCUCUCCGGGCAGCGCCGCGGUCAACAUGUGCCUGGUGGCCUGUGGUUCUGCAGACGCCUACUACCACAUGGGCAUCCACUGCUGGGACAUGGCAGGGGGCGCCGCUGUGCUGACCGAGGCGGGCGGAGUCAUCAUGGACAUCUCAGGCGGUCCGUUUGACCUGAUGUCCCGGAGGCUGAUCGUGGCGAGCAGCAGAGCCAUCGCAGAACGCCUGGUGAAGGAGAUAAAGCCAAUCCGCGGCACGGGAACAGCAGCCACCAACAUGUGCAUGGUGGCGUGUGGCGCGGUGGAGGCCUUCUUCGAGAUCGGGAUCCACUGUUGGGACGUGGCGGCGGGGGUGGUCAUCGUGCAGGAGGCGGGGGGCGUGGUCUUGGACGUGAACGGCGGACCGUUCGACCUCAUGUCCAGGAGGAUGCUGUGUGCGAACCACGCUGAUAUCGCUAACCGUGUCAUCAAAGAGAUCGAGAGUUUUCCAUCAAAAAGAGAUGAUGUUCAGUAA